AUGGAAACCCCUUUGACAAGCCGGCAUCACUUUGAGGCAAGAACCCCAUCGCCACAGCUACUUCGGAGUAGAAGUGGAACCUCAGCCCUUACUCUACCAGAGAACAGGGCAUCGUCGGUGAUCAACUCGAGCCAAAGAUUGGCUAAAAGGUCAAAGUCGAUCACGAGGUCAAGAACCCUAAGAAAUGAAGAGAAUGUCAACCCCGCAACCUUCAUUGCAAGCAUGCAAAAGAAGCCUAAUCAUCAAGAGAGUAGAGAUGAGUUUGUUAGGUUCUUGCAGCGUGGCAGUCCAAGCAAUUCUAGUGCAACAAAGGGGUCAAAACCCAUCACGAGUUCUCCAUCAGCAUGGGCAUUGUCUCCGGGUAGGUCUUCUCCGUUAAUGGUGGCACCGGAGCCACAAGGAUCAUUUGGGACUGGGGUGAGGUCUAAGUCCAAAGAUGGUGGUGUAAGUAGGGUUUUAAAGUAUUUUAGGCAGAAGAAGGUGUCACCUGUUCAAGAAGAAGAAUAUCAUCGAUUUAGACUUUUUUAUAAUAGAAUGUUGCAGUGGAGGUUUGUGAACGCUAGAGCUGAGAUUGCCAUGGCCGCUGUGAAGAUAGAUGCGCAGGAUAAAUUGUUUGGUGUGUGGCUAAGAAUCUUAAAAAUAAGAAACUCCACUGUAGAAAAGAAAAUACUACUUCAAAAGCUCAUACAUGAGAUCAAACUACAUCAAAUUGUAGGCCCACAAUUUUGUCUACUCAAUGAAUGGGUGAAGUUGGAGGGGAAAAAUUAUGAAGCAGUUAGCAGGGUGAUUAGAAAACUCUCAGCAAUACUGGUUAGAGUCCCUUUGAUCCAUGAUGCUAAGGCAGAUGUGGAGUCUAUCUAUGAAGCCAUAGGUGCAGCCAUUGCAGUAAUGGAUGGCAUAGAAGCGACAAUUAUAAAGAUCUUCUCACAGCCGGCGGAGAAAAUGCUUUGUCUGGUUACUAAACUCAUAAGCAUGGUGGAACAAGAAAAGGAGUGUUUGGAAGAAAUGGAGAAAGUUAUCGCUUUGGUUCCUUCACAAGUACUGCCCUUAGUUGCUAAUAGGAAGUUGGACUAUAUGCACGUUAGCUUAAUGGUUGCAAACAAAUGGGCCUCAACCCAUGUCUGUAUCAAUUUUGAACUAGGUAGCCGACAUAUAAUGGGCCUUGUUGGAGUUGGAGGCACCAGAUUAAUAACGCAUAACCCAAGUCUGGCAGUGUCUGAGCAGAGUCUACGUGCACAUCUCAUACAAGCAGCUAAGGAGUCAUGGAGAGGUCAAACUGACUGA